AUGCCUGUUGGCGGCCUCACUAUUGCAGCUGCUAGUCAGCCCCGCCAUUGCGCCUGUGCUUCUGCCCCUCAUCAGGCACCACUCACUGCCAGCCAGAAAAGCGAGCGUAAAGCAGAGCACGUGAAGAACCAGGAAGCCGAGGACGCUGCUGUCAAUGAAUGGUUCCAAUACACCCAUAACCUGGCACACCAGCUUGGCGAAAGGUUCGAUAAGAAACUUUGCUACUUCCUGGAUCGUUUUUUCCAAGGCGGCGCAAAGAUGAUCAAGCACCAGGAGAAGGUCAAUCCGUUUAACGCGUACAAGGCCCUCAAGGCGGAGGAAAUCCAAGAAGCGGGAGGGGUUGUCCCCAACGCGCCUACCUUGAGUGAGACUCUCAGCCCCAAAUACGCCAAGCUGUCGGAGGAGGAAAAAGCAAAAUUGGUGGAGGACUUCAAGGAUGUCAAGGCCGACAUCUCUAAAAUCAAGCGCGACACCCCACGCUCGAAGUCUCAAGAUGUCGCCAAUGUGGUCCGCAAUGUAACUAUGCUUCUUCAAGGCCUGAGCUAUUGUGUUGGAACAGAGGCGUUUUUUCUCAUCGUGCGCAACAAUGCCGAUUUCUAUAUGGAGCCUCAAUGGUUCUUUUCCACCGCGGAACUUGAACGUUACAUGCCAUUGGCAGUGGGAAAAAAAUGGGAUUUGGCUACAGUCGGGGCCAAGGUCAAAGCCUUUGCGGUUGCUGGCUGCGAUACCAUGCGUCUGCUUCGUACCGCAAAACAAAAGUGCGACCAUUUGAAGGUGGAGAUUUGGCAGUUGGUGAAUAAGGGCUUAUGUGCUAUCACUCAUCUUCCCGAUAUCACCAUGCAAUACCUGCACUACGACAAAGACAUUGUACUCAAACACGGCGUCGACUCGUCUGUCAAGGAAUUGGUCAAGCUGCGUGAUGCACUCGACAAAGGAGAUGGACGUUGGGUCAAGCUGACACGCGAGGAGAGGGAGGAGCAGCAGAAGAAAUGGGAUGAGGAUGUAGAGGCCGGGCGAGUUAUCCCGAAGUCUCGACAGAGCCGCUCGGACAAGGGGAAAAAGAGGGAGCGCACCGACAACGACAACGACAACGACAACGACAACGACCACCACGGGACGGUCAUCCCACAGCCCACCGCCUCCAAUUCCUCGCCUUCAGGGCCUGUCAUUGAAGAGCCCAAUUCUGCUGUUACCACACCUGCACCGCCCGCAAAACGCGUCCGGAAGAGUGUCACAUAUUCAACAAGCUCAGCUAGCAGUGCCACCACCAACAAGGAGAACAAGAACCUGGCCCGACGCACAAAGGCAGCAAGCGGCGGCACUCAGCAGGAUGACGACACCACGCGCAAGGCUGUCGCUCGGUUGCAAGCAAAGCAUCGCGUGGUCAGCGCGGAGACCAUUGACGACAGCAACACUGAGCCCAAACAGAGCACCGCAGCCAAUUCUGCUGGUACCGCUAUGCCCGCUUUAGGUUCUGCUUCGGGAUCUGGCACAGGCCCUUCCGACGCCGCGGGGCCUUUGUAA